AUGGCAAGCGAGGCAAGCGAGGUGGGAGAGGCCGCGGGCCGGCCCACGGAUGAGGCUAUCAUGCGGCAGAUGGAGGAUAUCAAACAGGAGGCGGCGCAGCAUCCGCUCAUGGGUGAGCGCACGGGAAUCGACGUCUUGUUGGCAGAGUACCCGGACCCGCUCUUUCACACCAAGCUUGAGACGCUACAGCGUCGCCAGGCUAGUUUUCGACGCACUCGCGGCGAUGGGUUUUUGCUGAGGCUACGGGAGACGUAUGAAAUGGCAUUGGCAGCCGGAUGUCCGGAAUUCACCACAGAAGACUUUUACGAAACGGUGGCCGACAUGGUGACGGAUCUCAAAGCGGACGAGGCGUCCCUGACCACGCUGUUGGCGGCCGUCAACGAUGAAGGCCUAUCCAACUACUUGGUGGCUUACAUGCGGAUCAUCACCAGUGCCUACAUGCAGCUCAACGCUGACUACUUCCAGCCCUUUAUCGAGGGUGGUCUCACGGUGAAAGAGUACUGCAGCAUCAGCGUCGACCCGUUUGGUGUCGAAAGCGAGCAUUUGCAAGCCCAAGCCUUGAUCUCGGCGUUGCGCCUGGGUUGCCGAAUCACGUACAUUGAUCGAUCACCGGGCGCCGAGCCUCCGUGCCAUGUGCUUGAGGGUCCCGAUGGAUCAGGCCAGCCCGUCUGCCAUCUGAUGUUUCGACCGGGCCACUAUGACGUCCUCUACCUGCCCACUGCAGCUCCCUAG